AUGCUUUAAAAUUAAAAACCUAUUUAAUGUAAAAAUUAACAGUAAAAUCCUAAAACUAGAACUAACUAAAGUAAUUAAAGCCUUAUCUAAAAACCUAAGAAAUAAACUUAAUAAUAAAUACAAAUAAUUUAAUAAGUAAAAUCUAAAAAUUCAAAACCUUCCUUUGUAUAAUAUUUCAUGAAACCUGUUAUAUACAACAUUAUCCUAUUUCUAAAUUUUAAAGAAAUAUCCUCACUAAGAAGAGUUAAUAGCUACUUUAACUAAAUAUUUAUUGAAUGUUUACCAAUCUUAAAAUAGUACUAUAAUGAAUAGUUAAAUAUUUAAAAAGAAUUGAUUUAAUCUAACAUAAUUUUUAAUCAACUUCCUUAAUUAAAUCAUGUCGAUUUUGAUGAAUUUAAAUCUGGACUCUAUAAUGAAUUUUUAUAUGCUUGUCCUGAAAAAGUACCCUAAUUUUAUAUAAAAUGUAUAGAAUUAAUUUCAAAAGUACUUUUGUCAGAAUUACCUAAAUGGAGAUACUCCAAGUAUACUUAUUAAAUGAAGACUAAACUACUCUAUGAAAAAUUAUAAAUGAAAGAACCAUUAGAAAAUUUAUAUGAUUUAUCAGAUAUAUAAGUUGAAAUUAUUAGAUCAGAAGCACACAAUAUAGAUAAUGGAUUUACUUUUAUGAAAUGUUAAUUUGUUCCUCUUGUUAAUUUUGUAGAUAACUUAAUCAUAUUGUCUAAUUCACCACAUUAUAAAGAAUUAAAAAAAUAUAAAUAAAUAUAGCAUCGUAUCUUAGAGAUAUAAAAAUUUCUUAAUGCUUAUUUUAAGAAUUAAUGA